AUGGAACAAAAAACAUUUCAAGCAGAAAUGGAAGUGACAGGAAGAAUAUCUGUUGAACCAACGGAAGAUUUGCAAACCACUCGAUUAAAAUCCAUUAGUACAGAAGAUAUGUACAAAGAACUGACCAAGGUUAAGGAUGACCAAAAACAGAACGCAGUAACAGAUACCUUAGCAGCACUGGUUUAUGACAUCGAUGCUACAGCUGAAGUACUCAGACGUGGUUCUAUGAGCAGGAAAAAAAAACAAGUUGGAGAAGUAGGAGCUUCAAAUUUGAAAAUAAUUAAAAUUAUAAAAAAAUUGAGAGAAAUUUUUACUGAAUACAAUUUUUUUUCAGCAGUAGAAAGUGACAGUUUUACUUUAGAACGUAUCUCUCAAGAUUAUGGUGUCGAACUUUCAGAAUCACAAACGAGCAGUAUCAAAAAACGGGCUCGAUCUGAAACUCCACGACGAAUGCUUAAUAUUGAAAGUACUCCACCCCCGAAUGCACUACCCAUUUGCGCAUAUUGUUCAGAAGAGAUCAGUGGUGCAAUUAUUACGGCUUUGUCACCAAAUUCCUUUUAUGCUCAAAAAUUCCAUCCGCAUCAUUUUAUGUGUUCAUACUGUCAGAAAGCGUUAAAUUUACGUGGAACUUAUCGUGAACAUGAACGAAAACCAUACUGCCAUGAAUGUUUUUAUCGCUUAUACAAUGGUCUUAUUUAUGCUCCUGAUGAAAAACAAGCGAAAAUUGAAAAAUUAAUAUAA